GGCUAUGGUGUUGUUGACAAUGAAUGUAUGUAAUUUUGCUUGCACAAUCUGAACUUCUAUAUUGUUUUGAAUGUGAACCAUCCCAAUUUACCAUCACCGGAAUUGAUAAUCAAAUGAUCAUGCAUGUGCAACUUAAGUCCUUGCGGCGUAGCCGCGGGUAUUGGUUCUAGUGUACUUUAUUUUGUAGUCUGGAAAGCAUCUAACAAACUUUUUGCUUUUGGGUGGAAUGAAAAUGAAUGUUGAAUGGCAGGUUGAGUAAGCAAAGCACCUAGCAGUACUCUUUAUCUUCAUGAUUUCUCAGAAUGUUUUUUCAACAAAAAAAAAAAAAGCUAACUCUGGAAAAUGAAAACUCAGUAGAGGUGAAAAACUUAAGGGGCAUUCCGAGAAUUGAACUCGGGACCUCUCGCACCCUAAGCGAGAAUCAUACCACUAGACCAAAUGCCCUUUGAGAAUAAGUUUGACAUCUUUCAGUUAUUAUAACCUGUUCCUGGCCAAGAGUGAAAUUGGCAAAUGUAUCAAGUUAACUUCUAACCUAACGCACUUCUCAAUUUUCCCUCCAAAAAGGCAAAAACGCGCCACCGCGACCAAUCUCUCCGUCCACUUCCGGAAAGCUGUGUUUUCUCACUCCAUUAGUCCAUUAGCUCGCUUCUCGCGCGGCAAUUGUUCUGCUUCUGGCCUGUAAUCGCAGCGCUGCUCUUCUUCCUCUAAGUUCUUCCCUUCCGCUGAUUUUCUUCUUUUGGAUUUCGACGGCGAACUGAGAGGUGAGAAGGAAUGGGUUCCAUGGGUGACUGCUUCGGCGGUGCGGUUCGAUUAGCGGAGGACGACGGCGAUACUCAGCGUUUAGAUUCUCAAUGGAGUUCGCCUUCCUCAUCAGGUAAUCUCUGAUAACUCUCUGGCAUUCCUUCUUCCCGAAGUUUUGUUCGUCGUGGAGCUGUCGAUUUAGGGUAAAAGAACAGUUCGUUUGGAUCCGACGCUCGAAUUUUUGAAGUUGAUGAUGGUUUCGGUCACGUUAGCCUCUUUAUUAAGUUUAUAUAGCUUCAAUUCUAUUUUCCAGAGUUGGUCGAUUCCUCGCGAUGGAGAUUGAACACUCCAAUCGAAGGAUUUUUCGUGGAGAAAAAAUGGGAUUUGUGUUGUGUAGAAAUGGAAGUUACAAAUGGCUGAGAAUGCAAGUCUGAUUCUAGGCGGAAAAGGUGGCUAUGAUGAUGGCGACUUGUAUAUGGGGACAAGAAAGGUUUCGUUUGAUGAUACUCUUCUGGUGGAAGAUGUUUUUGAGACCCAAGUUGUGAACUAUGGGGAUGAAACACAAGUACUGGAUGAUGCUGAUCUAGAUUUGCUUGGGAGUACAUGCAUCCAGAGGAUUGAUGAUGAUUUCAGUGAUCGAGUGUCUCUCGAUAGUGAUGGUGAAGGUACUGACGCGACUGCAGUUUUGGAAAGUGGGGAACGAGCUCUCUGAUUCCGAAUCCGGGAGAGGAGGAAAGCUUGAAGAAUUGACGGGGGAGAAGUUUGUGGAUGAAGCAAAUAGUUUGUCCAACCAGAAGCCCAGAUCAGUUAAGAUGAAGCAAAUAGUUUGUCCAACCAGAAGCCCAGAUCAGUUAAGUGUUUCUGAAGCUUGUGAUCUAUUUUGAGGUUUGGUUCACAGUCACAACUUCAUCUUUUGGUUUUGUAACGGACUCGGUUUCCCUAAGGUACAUGUCUUGGGUUAUGCAUAUUUUUCUUCUUUUCCAUAAUUCCAUUCUAGAAAUGUUGGAUAAGAUCGGUCAAGGAUAAGCUGCAAACUAAUUGUGCAUGUCACUCUCGCGGGUUGUAAAUGAGUCUGGCUGAAGUGCUUGCACCAAGUGACGCAUGUGAGUUUUUAAAUGGUUUAAGGUUGCUUCGGAUAUCUGUUACACCAAUAGGUUGAGUUGGCUAAUUUAUAUCUCGGUAAAUUGUGUCUAUCUAGAAGAAUUGUGCAUGCAUUCUGCGCUGUUUAUGAUAAAUCAGGAAAUUUUCU